AUGGGUGUUCCCGGAUUCAGUGAGAAAUCUUCUAGAAUGGAAAGUCAAGGGGCUAAGGAAGAAGAUAAGAGCAUUAUGGAGAUUGUCUUCGAUUUGUCUUUUUGGGUGUAUUUGGAGUUUGGUUUAUCUGAAAGGCAGGCUGAAGCUAUAUUGGACAUAAGCCUAAGAAGGAUCACACGUCUGGAGAGAGAAAAGUUUGUAACUGAAAGUAAAUCCUUGAUGGAACAAAUUUCGAAGUUACAGGAACUAUUGUCAAGCAGGAAACAGAUAUUACAGCUAAUCGAACAAGAAGCAAUUGAGCUGAAGAACAGGUUUUCCACUCCGAGGCGUUCAAUGUUGGAGGACACUGAUAGUGGUCAACUUGAAGAUGUGGAUGUUAUACCAAAUGAAGAAAUGCUACUGGCUGUUAGCGAAAAAGGUUAUGUCAAGCGGAUGAAACCUAAUACCUUCAAUCUCCAAAAUCGUGGAACAAUUGGUAAAUCUGUUGGGAAAUUGAGAGUGAAUGAUGCAAUGUCAGACUUCAUUGUUUGUCAUGCACAUGACUAUGUCCUGUAUUUCAGUGAUAGGGGAAUAGUGUACUCAGCUCGUGCAUAUAAAAUUCCAGAAUGCACCCGAACUGCUGCAGGCACACCACUGGUUCAGAUCUUAUGUUUAUCUGAUGGUGAGAGAAUAACUUCCAUAAUUCCUGUGAGUGAGUUUGCUGAAGAUCAGUUUCUACUGAUGCUUACAAUGAAUGGAUACAUCAAGAAAGUAUCAUUGAAUUUUUUCUCCUCAAUCCGAUCAACAGGAAUCAUAGCAAUUCAAUUGGUUCCUGGUGAUGAGCUCAAAUGGGUCCGUUGUUGUACCAAUGAUGACCUUGUGGCCAUGGCUUCACAGAAUGGAAUGGUUAUUUUGAGCUCCUGUGAGAUUAUUCGAGCUCUAGGAAGAAAUACUAGGGGGUCCAUUGCCAUGAGAUUGAAACAAGGGGAUAAGAUGGCAAGCAUGGACAUAAUACCAGCAGCAAUUCGGAAAGACUUGGAGAAGGCAUUAGAAGACCGCCAGAGCCGUGCUAGGAACCUCAAUGGUCCAUGGUUACUGUUUGUGUCUGAGAGCGGUCUGGGAAAGCGGGUUCCUCUGAGUAGAUUUCGCUUGUCACCUUUGAAUAGAGUUGGUUUAAUAGGUUACAAGUUUUCCGCAGAAGAUCACUUGGCAGCAGUGUUUGUGGUUGGGUUUUCACUGACAGAAGAUGGUGAAAGUGAUGAACAAGUAGUUCUAGUGAGCCAAAGUGGGACCAUUAAUAGAAUUAAAGUUCGGGAUAUUUCUAUACAGUCACGGUUUGCAAGGGGAGUAAUUCUAAUGCGGCUGGAGUAUGCUGGAAAGAUUCAGUCAGCUUCAUUAAUGUCAGCAACAGAAACAGAGACUGAUGACGAAGAAGCUGUUGCUGUUACACAGUAAAAGAGUUCUUGCCAUUUUGAGAUGCCAAGACUCGUAGCAAUCAACACACGCUACAGCAACACACCUUACGUUAGGAGUGAUCAGUUUUGUUGAUGACACUAAACUCACAUAUGAAGAUAUGUUACAACAGUGUAAAGAAAGAACCAAGAGGAAGUAUUUGCUGUAACUAUGCUUGUAACUUUUUUGUUGCUCCAAUCAAGAUUUGCAACACUAGAACUUUAUCCCUAAGUAAAUUAUUUUUAAUUCCACCAUUUGGCUUGAUUUAGAGCUAUAACUUAAAUCAUAGAACAUCCUCUCUUUGUUUACUA